GGCAGUGAGCAGUGAAGGAGUGCGCCUCCUCCUCCUCAUCAUCCUCUUCCUCUUCCUCAUCCUCCUCCUCCUCCAUCUCCUCUUCCUCCCCCAGACCAGCCAGUCAGCCCAGCAGCAGCAGAGACUGGAGCCCCGUAUUCUCCCUGUUUUCUCUCCCAGGGCUGAGGAUUUCAUCUUUCCCCGGAGCGACGGACGCAGCGCGCACUGGUUGAUACUGCGCCUUUUUGCGCGCGUGUGUUUUCAUCCUUUUCAUAACUAUAAUCAUUUUUCUUAUCACUAUCAAAUUUCCCAGGAAAGGAAACUUUUUUUUUCUUCCUUUUUUCUUCUUUUUCGUCAGUCGUGUCUCCUUCCAGAAACUUUCCCCUAUGGUUCGCGAACAUGGGGUCAAGUUGUGGUUUCUCUCGUGGAAACGUCGCGGUGCCGCUGCUUCUUUUGCUUUUUGGAGGAGCGACGGGGCUGUACUUCCCUCAGAAAGAGUACAUUGAGACGGUGUACGUGGACCAGCCGGCAGGGACGCCGGUCCUGCAGGUCCACGCCAUGCUGGACGCCGACUCCGAGCGGCCGCACUUCUACCUUUGCUGGAGCAGACGUCAGUCCCACAACUACUGGUUCCACAUAGACAUCAGCACCGGAGUGCUGUUCUUGAACAAAACCCUGGAGGAGACAGACUUCGCCUUGCUAUAUCCAACUUCUCCACAUCCGUUGUCGGUGAAGAGGAUAUUGCUCCAUGUUAUGGUUUUAAAUAAUGUCACCAAGUGGUCCCAGUGCAUCACCAAAAAACCAGUUCAGAUCACGCUGGAUUUUGUCAACGCCACAAUUCCCCAGUGUGAUCAGUCCGACAUGAAGGAGCUCUGCUUCCCACACAGAGACACCUCCAACCCCCACAUCAUGGAGAACCGGUUCCCGGGGGCCUUACGUCAGUUCCGACGUCUCACAAGACUCAACGUUUGCCCCAACUACACCAUCUCUUACAGCGUCGAAUCAGAAACCCCAGCACCGUUUGCCGUGAAUGAAAACACCACUGAGCUGGUGGUGACCGCUCCUCUGGACCGAGAGGAAAGUGAGGUCUACAGACUCCUGAUGGUUUGUUGGGUUCGGACAGAAACCCUCAUCACCACGCUGAAAACCUCCCUGGAUGUCUAUGUUGACGACGAGGACGAUAAUGCUCCAUACGUGAACGGCACUGACACUGCAGACGUCGUCAUCAGCUUCAAUCGGGCAAGGGGGGGAAAGUUUGGCACCUUGUCCGUCUUUGACAGGGAUUUAACCACGACUUUUCCGAAAGAGCAGAGUCACAAUAGGUAUGUGGAGACGUUGCUCAGCACGGACCCGUGGAUCAAGGAAACAUUUGACAUCAAAUUGAAAUUCAAUGAGAGAAAAGCUGCUCGUGGCAUCCGAGAGUCCGUCCACAACUACCACCUAGUCCUGAAGAGGAAUCUCGAUGUGACGGAGAACCGUAGCGUGUAUCUGGACUACCUGGUCAAUGACACCACCUACCCCGGCGUGGAGGGAACCGUGUUGUUGCACUUCAACGUCACCAUUUUACCGGUCGUCCUCAGCUUUGCCAACGUCACCCCCGUGUUCACGGUGUCACGCAAAGCCUCUGUUUAUGCACAGGUUGGCAGAGUCUGUGUGGAAAACUGCCUGCAGUUCGACGGCAUCGGGGUCACGUACCGCCUGGAGCUGCCGGAUAAGAACGUGUCUGCUGACACGUUGUCCUGCUACGCUGCCGUCAGCAUCACCCAGGCUCCAGACGGGAUCUGGGGACUGCUGCAUGUGAAUGACUCCAAGGUGCUGUCCCGGCCCGAGUGCCAGGACCUGCAGUACCUGGUGGUGGCUCAGGAAGACUUCACGCAGCUGGAGACCAGCACGGAGAUCCUCGUCGUCCUGACUGGGGCAGCAUUCAAGACGGGUCAGGACAGCCAGGAGCUCCUGUCCUGUGCUGUGAACAAACUGCGAGGCGACUGCGAGUCCACCCAAGGCCUGGGGGCAACGACGGGGAAAUGCCAGUGGAGGCAAGGCAAAGAAAGAGGAAUAGCUGAAGAUUAUUCCACGUGCUCCCCUGAUCUGCGGACCUGUCCGGAUAGCGUCUGCGAUGCAGUGGAAAGCAAAGACAUGUCGAUAUGUCCUCAAGACUGCACAACGGUGGCUGCAGUCGGAGGCUAUGAACCCGGCCUGAGUGGGAAAGGCAUCAGGGCCUGCCACGGGACCUGCUACUGCUUCGAUAAAUGCUUCUGUGAGAAGUCCAACGUUGCUGAAGUGAUCUGUGAUGACAUGUGUAAGACUAUCAUCGCCACCGCUCUGCUCCUCUCCUUCAUCGUGUCCAUCCUCCUAUCAUCAUACUUCCUCCACCGCUACCACAAGAACUCGCCCAAGCCCCAAAUAUCGUCGGCAGAGCUGACUUUCCGCCGGCCGGCUCAGGCGUAUCCCAUCAGCUUCCCUGCCAACAACCUGCGUCGGGGCUCCACGGACUCCACCGAGACUGAGAUCUUUAAGAUACCCGAGGAUCCGAAGUGGGAGUUUCCUCGUAAAAACCUUGUACUCGGCAAGACUUUAGGAGAAGGAGAGUUUGGGAAAGUUGUCAAGGCAACGGCAUUCAGGCUGAAAGGAAAAGCAGGAUACACCACUGUAGCUGUGAAAAUGCUUAAAGAGAAUGCUUCACACAGUGAGCUGCGGGACCUUCUGUCAGAAUUCACCCUGCUGAAGCAAGUCAACCACCCACAUGUCAUAAAGAUGUAUGGGGCGUGCAGCCAGGACGGUCCAUUGUAUCUCAUCGUGGAGUAUGCCAAGUAUGGGUCACUGCGUAAUUUCCUGCGCGAGAGCCGGAAAGUUGGCCCCAGCUACAUGGGCAGGGAUAGCAACCGAAACUCCAGCUACUUGGAGAACCCUGAUGACAGGGCUCUCACCAUGGGAGACCUGAUCUCCUUCGCAUGGCAGAUCUCCAGAGGCAUGCAGUACCUGGCAGAAAUGAAGCUCGUUCACCGGGACCUCGCAGCACGAAACGUCCUGGUGGCUGAAGGACGGAAGAUGAAGAUCUCUGACUUUGGGCUUUCAAGAGAUGUGUAUGAGGAGGACUCAUAUGUUAAGAGGAGCAAGGGCCGUAUACCUGUGAAGUGGAUGGCGAUUGAGUCCCUGUUUGAUCACAUUUACACGACACAAAGUGAUGUCUGGUCCUUUGGUGUGCUCUUGUGGGAAAUAGUGACGCUGGGAGGAAACCCGUACCCAGGUAUUGCUCCCGAACGCUUGUUUAACCUCCUCAAGACCGGGUACAGAAUGGAGAGACCAGAGAACUGCUCCGAGGAAAUGUACAACCUAAUGCUUCGAUGCUGGAAGCAAGAAUCAGACAAGAGGCCCACAUUCUCAGACAUCAGCAAAGAACUGGAAAAGAUGAUGGUGAAAAGUCGGGAUUACCUGGACCUGGCGGCGUCCACUCCGGCCGAUGCCCUGCUCUACGACGACGCCCUCUCUGAAGAGGACACUCCACUAGUGGACUGUAAUAACGCCCCUCUCCCUCGAACCCUCCCCUCCACAUGGAUUGAAAACAAGCUCUAUGGCAUGUCAUACCCGAACUGGCCCGAGAAGAGCCCGGUACCGCUCAACAGACACGAUGCCACUAAUCCAGUCUUUACAAGAUAUGCCAAUGAUAGUGUUUAUGCAAACUGGAUGGCUUUGCCUUCACCCGCAAAAGCUGUGGACAAGCUUGAUAGCUAAAGACAAACCGACACUGUAGAAAAGAUGACUAAUUGGUAGAUGUAUAUAUUUCUGUAAGACUGUACAUAAAUAAUCUGAUGCUAAAGUUGGUUCCCUUUUACUUCUGUUGCACGGGUAUUCAACUUUUUAAAAUGGGGAUUUUUUUUUUUCUGAAAAACCGUCUGGAUCACAUAGACCAAGUUUCAUCUAUCUCUCCACUUUGUUAAUUAUUACCUCACGGGUCAUGUUGGCCACAGUGUAAUACUGCAUGACUAUUUUAUCAGAUUGUACGUCAGUGUCAUUGUCUUUUAAGUGCCUGUGACGCUUCUACAAUAACCUCUGGCUGUCAAUGUGCAACUAAGAAGAUCUUGUUCCAGCCCAGGAGUGAAAGGGACAUCUUUGCCGACGCCUGCGGUAGACAGCCGGGACUGAGUGGACAAAACAGAAAUGCUGAACUCGCUCUGAAAAUGUAAAGUUUCUACUUUAGAAGUUUGAGCUCCUCAAAAAAAAUGUCAAACAACCCAUGUAGAGCUUCUCCCACGAGAUGUUUCAGAGCUGCCAAAGAAAUCAAAUGCAAACAUGUUUGAGGAACUCAAAAAACUGUUGUUUUUUUUCUUGUUUUUUUUUUUUUUUACAUUGAAACAUCCAGUGAGCGCUACUCCAGAGAGAAUACAGGGAUUAAUUAUCCAAGGUGACCAUGUCUUUAGUCAGCCUACAGUUCACAUUUCCAUUCAUUGUAAUGAUUAUGUAAACCGGUUAGUGUUAUUGCUGUUAUGUUGUUAUUUGAUUAU